ACUAACAUUAUAAUUAUAAUGUGGUUAUAAUUAGUAUGCACACAAGGCUCCAACUGGUCUAUAAUUAAAGUAAUUUCUUAACAGCCAAUAACUUUGUUUCUUGCUCGGCGUCUGUCAAACAAAUAUAAUGCUUUAUUCUUGCUUUACAGAGGAAGAUGCGAUACAAUAUAUCAUUGUUGUUCUUUAUUAUAAGAUGAACUUAGUACUAUUUCUUUGAAUGCACAAAUUUGAUGGGCUGACGGAUGACACCCUGCAGCAUAUCUAACUUGUUGUUUUUGUCGCGCUGGCAUAUAUUGCAGGGAUUCGAUCCCUUCUCACACUUUGUGAUGCUCCAAGCCUGGGCUUUCCGUAGUUAAAUAUUAGCCCCUGUGUAAGUCAGCUGGGUGGCAUAGGGAGUUUUGUCGUUCCUGGUGCCUUUCACAAAAUGUGGAAAUCUGAUCUAUGACCAACACUUGGGUAAAAGAUUUACCCCCCCCCCCCUCCCCAAUUCCUCCACCACUAUCUUGUAGUUGAAGAAACAGGAGCUGUGUUUUAAAGAUCAUUGAAACUGAAAUUAGUGAUCAGGAAAUAUUGAACCCACCACUUUCAUAGCUGAUGUGUGUUUUAGUGCAACAGUUAGUCUUAAAGGUUUAUUCUUCUUGUUCUUGCUCACUAUCAAUCUGUCAAAUAUUGUUUAUUUCAGUUUGGAGUUGAGCUAGACGUGUCAUUGAAAAAUUUGCAAUUAUGGCAUCUAAGCUCAACUCAACUUUGUCGGAGCGCACCAUGCUCUUCCCAUGUGCUGCUGGAGUCCAGGUGCCACAGAUAGGGGCUGAGGAUUCUAAAGUGAAGGUGAUGUUGAACCAGAGAUCAACCCCAAGUAUACUUCCAAUGACCAUUGUCUCCCAGGAUGUAAAUCCAGCAAGUGAAAGAUAUGUUCAGAUGGUGAGCAGCGGUCUGUCAUUUAGCCAAGAUGUUGUGGAGGAUCGUUGCUUGCAUAUGAUGCCAUAUGAUACAAAAUACUUCAGUGGUGUUUUUGAGCCAGGCGAACUUCUUCCACCACCUCGCAGAUCAAGCAGUGUUAUGGGUAGGCAUAAUAAAAGAGGCGUUGAUGCUCGGCACAUGCCGUGUUAUUUGAAAAAGAUUGCCAAACCUGCCCCCCUGACUCCUUUAAGGAAACAAGUGAAGGAAAAAGCUCUCCAACUCCAUAAGGAAGCACUUUCUUCAAAACAAAAAGAUAUUUCAAGAGAUAGUUUUGAUGGUAGUACAUCGCCUUCUUCUUUCUUCAUGACAGAAGUAAGUUCUCAGGAACAGGCUGCCCAACGUCCCAAAUUAAAGCCAAUUCCUGAGUCAAGAGAGUCUAAACUAUCCAAAGUUACAUUGGGCAGUAAACAAGGAGAAACAGUAAAAGCAGAUAAGACCAUCAAGCAAGAUGACACUGUGAGCAGAUUAGGUACUGCAGUGUCAUUUAGAGUUACUGAUGAAAUAAAAUCAAGGGCUAGUGGUGCAUCCAUUGGCACACGUGACACGAGUGAGUUGUCUCAAAUCCCAAAAAAUGAUUGGGAUGAUCACCUCAUGUCCAGACUUAGUAAACUGACUGCCAAUUGGAUAGUUCAUGAGAAGCUGCCAGCAGAUGGACAAAAAGAAAAGUUGGCACAUGUACUUGAAUCCUGGUACGGACCACCAACACACACAGACCUAGUGAGAGAGCAAGCUAGUGAUGGGGAAGAGGAUGAAAAGGCAAAGGAACAGAAACCAAAAAGCAAAUGGAAAAAGAAGGAAGCAUCUGUGCUGGAGAGAGUUUACAAUGUCAGACCAUCCCUGGCAGAAGCUAUUGACCCCUACUCUGAUGACAACAAAGCUCCAUUUUAUCGACAACCAGCUGGUAUCAGGAAAAAGAAGAGAAGCGAAGAGAAAGAAGAAGCUGCCAGCCCAAGAAUGACCACAGAAACUGGAGAAGAAUCUCGGGCCAUUAAUGCAACAGCACACAACAUUUCUGUCAGAGGUUAUACUGAAACACCACCCAUGACGCUAAAGGAUGUCUUGAGUCCUCGUGUUGGCAACAAGAUUUACAACACUGGCAAUGCUUUUGAACAAGAAUGGCUCACAGGUUCUAAGCAAGUGUAUAAAGCUGGAGGUGAUCCAAAUGAGAUCACCAUGGAUACGGAUAAUAAGUACAAGAAGCAAGUUCAAAGGGAGCUGCCUCAAAGGCCAGAGACUUGGUACACACUUGAGAAUGAAAAGAAAUCAGCUGAAAAAGCAGCAAGCUCCCAGCAUAUUCCAGAAAAGGGACAAAAGAGAUGGGUGGCUCUGCCUGAACUUAUUGAUGAAACUGAAGGCACUGUGAAUGCAAACAGUGAUGGCUUUGAUACUGGAAUGAUGAAGGCAGUGGAUCCUAAACAGAGGAGAAGAGUGAAACAAAACCAUGCAUUGGUCACAAUUGUUCAUGACUGGAGAAGUAAAUGGUUCCUGAGUGGACAGUUUGCUGACAGUACACCCGAUGACUUGAUCAGAGACAUGGCAGAUAUUCAGCCCCAUGUUAGGCUGAAAGCUAUUGGUACAGUGGCUAAGGCUUCAGAAUAUAAGCCCCCACCAGAUAUGACUGUGAUGCUGGAAUCUUCAGAAUAUGACCCAGUGAAAGAGUUGCCAGAGAAAAUCUUUGUUGCUCUUGAGUGCCUCUUAGAUGACAGUCAUGACCAAGUGAAGAAAGCUGCUGCCAUCACACUGUACUCCCUGGACAGGCCUUCAGAAAAGGCAAAAGAGCAGCUUCGGCACAUGUUAAUGGGCAGCAGCUCUGUUGACCGGUGGGCAGCUGCCCAGUGCCUGGCACAGUUUGGCGAGAGCGAUUCUGAUGUGGUGGCCGAGAUCAUCAAACAGAUUCUGAGCACUGAAGUGGCAGUCAAGUUAGAGCAGGGCAUUCACUUGUUGGCUAAGAUUAGCAACAGCAGUACCUUGGUUCACUGCAUGGUGGCUGAGCAACUGAACAGCAGCAGCUGGAGACACCGCGUCAUUGCCUGUAAAAUCUUGCCCACACUGUUUGGCUCCAUCAACAGGGACAUAACUCAAAAGCUGUCAGAACUGAUGUGGCAUGACUGGCACGUGGAGGUAAGGAGGGCAGCUGGGCAGUGUCUGGGCAAAACGAGUCAUGGGCGUGAUGUGCAUGACGAUAUCAGGGAGAGGAUCCUUCAUGGUGGAGAGAGGACCAAGAUGGAUGCAAUCAACAAACUUGGACAACUGGGUAUUAUGACAGCAAAACUGUUGCCAGCUUUCCUGGAGUGUUUUGCUGACUCGUACGUCUCAAUUCGGUCUGAAGUGUGCAUAACCUGUGGGAACUUGGGAAUAAAGGAGGAGCAGGUCAUCGACAGACUGGUGCACCUUGCCACCUUUGACCCCAUUUGGAAAGUUAAAGCUCUGGCUAUACAAGCUCUUGGUAAGAUUGGCGUUGAAAAUUCUGAAAUCAAGGAGUGUUUGCUUUGGGCCAUGAGGUAUGAGGAGCGUCCGGGUGUGAGGGCAGAGGCUUGCCACUCGCUGGUGGCACUCGACAUCCAGGAUGAUGAUGUUAUAGAGGCUCUACAGGACAGGCUGCUGGUGGAAUCAAGCCCAGUUGUGCGAGAAGAGAUGGUGGAAGCCCUGAGCCUGUUUGGCCUGAGCACCUCUGAAGACAUGGACAUGGUCGCUCAGAUUAAAUCCGAGGUGCGCAAGCUGUGCACUCGCAACAUCAUCGCCUCACAGAUCAUAGUCAAUGAGAAUGAUGAAACCAAGAGAGCUCAACUAGAGAGAAUGGUCUGCCAAACAGAAAAAGACAUUGAGGCUCUGAAUGAAAAGAAAGCCGUCAUUUUACAGCGGAUCAGAUCUCAAGCCAGGAGCACAGAUAGUCUGGGAUCAACUCCGCAGCCCCGCACUUCCACGCCACUGCCUAAGACAAAGCGAGAGUCAGAGAGUACCACCCCAGAGCCUGUGAGCAGAGAGGGCACUGUGUUUACGCCCACGGCUGACAGAGAGUUGGAAGCAAUUCUCAACCAAGAGGAAAUCGCAUCAGCCAGUGGCUCUGUCAGUGUCAAAUCUCGGCCAACGACAGGGGCUUCUGAAGAGAUGGAAACUGAGGAGUAUACAGCUGGUGCUGGAGGUCAAGAUGAGGUCAAAGUUCCUUCUAGGAUCACAAUAACAAAAGCUGCUGAUGAUGAAGAUGCUGCUGUUGCUCAGAGUGGUGAUGAUGCUGCUGCUGAGACCGCAGAUGUCGUUGAUAUCGGUGUCAUACCUGGAAGUGCAGAAGGUGUGGAGGGUGAGAGCAGCAAGCAAACCUCGGGUAAACACAGGCUCAGCUUGCCGUUAAACUCUCAGAAAGGAAGUCGCUUGGGAUUUCUGUCUCCAACCGGCUCAUUUGUAGAUAUGAAGGGAUCGAGAUUAUCUGUUGCUCAGUUCUCAGACCGGAGGUCAGUCAUCAGCCGAGACAGUCUCCGUGAACGGGAGAAAGUGAACGCUGAAGUGAAUGCAAUCUACACUGAUCUAAAUGCAAGGUAUGCUGAUAUGGUUGAUGAUCUGAUCAAAAUUGACAGGGGUUUGAACACGAAAGGAUCUUCUACAGACUCGAGUAUCAGCGCCACACCCAAGGUUAUGCCUGGUCUUGUCACAAGCAUUGAUUACAGUGAAGUUGAAAAGCUGCUGAGAAGGAGCAUUAAUGAAGAAUCAGAAGAAUCACCCCGCGUAGAGGAAGGGAGUGGGGAAGAGAACAAAGGCGCUGAAGCUCAGAUUGAGGAAGAGGGGACUACAAAUGGAGAAGAACAAGGUGAGGCUGGGGACGAAGGUGAACCAAAAUCUCAGGAAGACAAAGAACACGAACAACAGGGCUUCGCAGAAUCGGAAUGGAAAUCGUAUGCAGACACAUUAUCGCAUGAUGGUUACACGACUGAUGCCACAUCGUACCCAUCCUAUGAUGAAAAUGACGAUGUUGAUAUUGCUCCCUCUCACAUCAGCACUGCAGGUGUCACAGCUCAGGCAUCAGAAUAUGAUAAUUAUUCAGAGAGGGGGAUCGACUCGGAGGACGAAACAGCACAGCCCAUCAACCAACCCGAAGGUGAACAGUGAAAAAUCUCUUUACAUUCAAACAGAAACACUUGUUCAUUCAUGAUAGCUUAAAUCUACAGUCAUAUCGUUACCAUUGACUCAAUAUAUCUGAUCUGUGAAGUACUUCAGGCGUAUUUUCAUUUUUGUGCCCUUGUUACAAAAGUAUAAUACUAAUACGAGGAAAGGCUGUGAAUAUGAUGAAUCCCCCAGUCAUUUUUUCGUGAAUUUCAAAUGUAAAAGAAAUUUGGCUACAAUAUAGAUUAAUGAAAAAAAGUAUGUUUUUGGCUUUGACGAAUAGUUUAGUUGUUGGGACAGCUUGUGCAAGAGUUAUUUAGUUUUAUGUCCUUUAAAUGUAAUGUUCAAAAUAAUUAUAUUACUUGUUUUUUUCCUUCAAUGGAUCUUUUAUGUUCUUGUUGUAAGACAUUUUCAAAUCUCUAUCUGUUAAAAAUAAAUGCUAUAGUUUUUUGUGCUUCUGUUUUUAUACCAUUUUCGUCAUAAUUGGUCCAAAAAAAGGAAAGAAUGUAACUUGUUGAUGAGAACUAUUGCAUUGAUUUAUAGCUGUUGUUUGUUUGUGUGCAAUGAUGAUAUCACUUUGAUAUGAAACGACAUAAUUAAUGCCAAUGAGUGGUUCAGACUUGCAUUAUGAUAUAAGGAUUGAAGUGUAAAAAUCUAUGCAAUGAAAACAGUUGGGUAAUCUGACAGCAGGAAUCCAGAUUUUAGUAUUAUAAAAACCACUGCUGCCAAAAAAUGUGUACUCAGUUUUCUUGUGAUGUACUUUUGCUCUGAGGGAAGGAGAAUCCUUGAGCUCUCAUUCUCAUAGUUUUCUGUGUGUACAUGAGUGUAUAACAUGGAGUACGGUCUCCCAAGCUACUUUCUCUUUACUUCAGGCACGCCAUGGCUGUGAUUUUAAAGAAAUGUGAGGCUUCAUAUGAUUAAUAAAUAAAAUAUCUGUGAAAAUAUUUUCAAAUC